AUGGCGCCUCCAACCCCGGCCGCGGAGAGGCAAUUCGAGCACCCUUCAGCCGGCCAUGCGAAGAAAAAGAAGCGGCGAGGCCCGUAUCCCAUCGAGCCCAUCAAGGCCUUUUACAUCUUUCUGGCUGCCAGUCUCCUCGCCGCCCUCUUUGCGCCCAUCCAGGACUGCGACGAGACCUUCAACUACUGGGAGCCCUCGCACUAUCUCUCGCACGGCUAUGGCCUGCAGACGUGGGAGUACUCGCCUGACUAUGCCAUCCGCAGCUGGCUCUACGUCGCCUUGCACGCAAUCGUCGGCAAUGCGCGGCGCCUGCUGCCGCAGUCUACAAAGGUGUCCGAGUUCUACUUUGUGCGCUACGGCCUCGCCUUCCUCUGCGCCCUCUGCCAGACCAUCAUGUUCCAGGCCGUCAGCUCUACCCUGAAUGGCAGGAUCGGCCUCUUCUUCCUCAUCGCCACCGUCACCAGCCCCGGCAACUUUCACGCGAGUACCGCAUUCCUGCCGUCGAGCUUCGCCAUGUACAUGUGCAUGCUGGGAGCGGCCUCGUUUAUGAAUUGGCGCGGCGGUCUCAAGACCUCGCAGGGCAUUUUCUGGUUCGCCGUGGCAGGCAUCCUCGGAUGGCCUUUUGCCGCGGCGCUCUGCCUGCCAUUUGUGCUUGAGGAAGGCGUUCUCGCCCUGUUUAGCGACAGAGAGGCUCUGGUCCAGUCGAUUAUCCGCUCCUUUCGAGGUGUUGUGGGUGGCUUGAUGGUUCUGUUCGUCGACUUUGUGGUCAACCUCUUUUUCUACAAAAAGGUUGCAGUCGUCACCUGGAACAUUGUCAAAUACAAUAUCUUCUCGUCGACGGGCGGCCCUGAGCUCUACGGCACCGAGCCGUGGGACUUUUACCUCCGAAACCUGGCCUUGAACUUCAACAUAUGGUUCAUACUGGCUCUUCUGGCCCUUCCACUCUUCUUGAUCCAGAAGGCCAUUUCGGCGUCCGGACAGGGCUUCCAGUCAGGGCUGCGGACAAUCGUGUUUGUGGCGCCAUUUUACAUGUGGCUGGCCAUCUUCACGGCCCAACCACACAAGGAGGAGAGGUUUAUGUAUCCUCUUUAUCCCUUUUUGGCGCUCAACGCCUCCAUGUCUCUACACAUUCUCUUGUCUGCCAUUGGCACCUCGAAUCCAAAGGCACUCAUGGGCAAGAUUCCUGCGCGCUUGAGGCUUCUCGCCGUUGGCGCCGUUCUGUUUUUGUCGCUGGACAUCAGCCUGGCCCGGAUCUACGGCAUCUACAGCGCAUUCCAUGCGCCCAUGAACAUUUACAAACCCCUAUGGGGCGACGGCCAGGGGCAAUAUGUCGUCGGCGGGCCAGAGGACCUUGUGUGUUUCGCCAAGGAGUGGUAUCGGUUCCCCUCGUCGUACUUUCUCCCGCGAGACAUGCAUCCCAAGUUUGUGCGCUCUGCGUUCCGUGGCCUGCUGCCAGGCGAGUUCUCGGAGGCCAAGGUCGGGUUUGGGUUGUGGAGCGGAACAUGGCUGCCAACGAGCGGGCUCAACGAUGGCAACCAAGAGGACCUGGGCAAGUACGUCGAGUUGCGAAUGUGCUCCCUGCUCGUGGACACACAGUACCCCGAGAGGACAGGCGCGCUGCCGCCAGAUGAGCCCGACUACGUUGCCGACACGGAGACGUGGGAAGUUGUCAACUGCGAGCCGUUCCUCGAUGCGGCCAAUACACACAUGCUCGCACGGACUCUAUGGAUCCCUGACCUUGAGAUGGUUCCCCCAAGGUUCAGGAGGAAGUGGGGCCGCCACUGCUUGCUGCAGAGGAGGAAGAGGUGA